CGACAAUUCUGGCACAGAAAAUAAUCAUACUUCCUAAUAACCAUCACCAUGUACGGUGAACUCGGUAACAAACUGGUCCAACAUGCCAAACGCACCCAAUCCCUCGUUCACCUCCCGCCCUACCAAACCGAAAUGGUCCGCGCCGUAACCCGCGAAUUGCGCGAUCUCGACCGUGACGUUACACGUCUCCUCACCCCCUUCGAAGGCUCCUUCAAUCCCUCCGCCCAACCGGCCAUCGCCUGCGCCCUUCUCGUCGACCACCUCUGCAUGCGCCGGAACAAACGCUGCCUGUUAGCCUACCACCGUGUCCGAACAGAAAAACUAGAGGAAUUAUGCUGGAAGGGCGUGGAUCUGCUAGAACAGCAACUUCCGGAAGAUUCAUUACAACAAGGGCAACAGGAGUCGGUUCUUGGACAGGUGGGGAAUCAUAGCUCGUUGAGUCCCGAAGAGGAAGAGUAUUUCCGGCUGUAUGGGGAUAUGUUGGCGGCGUAUAAGGGACAAUGGACGGAUGUGGAUUUGACAGGGAGUUUGGAGCCGCCGCAGGAUUUGUUUAUUGAUGUGCGGGUUUUGAAGGAUGCGGGGGAGAUUCAGACGGAAUACGGGGUGAUCAAUUUGACCAAAAAUAGUCAAUUGUAUGUGCGACAGGGAGAUGUGGAACGAUUGAUUGCGCAGGGGUUCUUGGAGCGAUUGAGUUGAUUUAACAUUAUAUUUAACUGUAUAUAAAGUGCUUACUAUGCUAUGAUUCUAAUGAUACCCAUUGGCAUUGACCGAAGUCGGUUGCGGGA